AUGCGGUUUUAUCAACCAUGGAAUUCAAUCGAAGGCGAGGCUGCAAAACAAGUGGACCACCUGUACUGUACCAGGCGGUUCGGCGGUUCCCUCCUCUUCCCUGCAAGAAUCAUUGCCCAGCUCCAGCCAGCAUGGACAGCCUCGAGUGCAGCCGAAACCCUGUUGCUCACCGGCGCGAUUUUCAACCCCUCCAGACCAGGAUCUGUCCCCCACCAACCUCAAAGCUCCCAACUGAAAAAGCCCCUCACUGCCACUACAUCAACCCUCUACAUUCCUCACUACCUCCUCUUCCUCCUCCAAAGCCACACCCACAAAGAAGAUAAAACUAUCACGCAUACAAAAGCAGGUGAGCUACCAUCGUUCCUCCCGUUCUUUCUCAACGACUAA